AUGACAGACAAUAUCGACUGGAAAAAGUAUGUUGAAAAUCUUAAGGAAACCUUCGAUUAUGAAUAUGUGAAUCAUGCCUACAAUGACGACAGCAAUGACUCCAGUGAUGGUAAGGAUGAUGACGGGAAUGAUAGCGACAGCAAUGACAGUGAUAGCAACUCAGGAAAAGGUGAUGACGACAAUGAUGAUGAUGAUGACGAUGUGAGUUUAAAGGAAGUGGGUUAUUCCGAUGGGGAAGAACAAGAUCACGUUAGAGAGAGCCAGCCGAGGCCGGAAUGGCUCAUUCAGUUGCGGCGAAUUACGUCUGAUUCGCUUACAUGUGGUUUUGCAUUUUCUGACGCGGAGGGAAGACUGUGCGUCGCGGCCGCAGGUAAGCUGUUGCCGUUGCGGGUGUAUUAUUAUGACGGAGCAAGGCUUGAGUUAAGGUUCUACACGUUGCACACGGGCCGUAUGGUGAAGAGGGCAAGACCGCCAAAAAUCAUGUGUUCUGGGCACCUGGAUCACAUGGGCGGCAUGGAUGCUUUGUACGCGGUUGACCAAAAGGGAAAGGUGCGUGUAUACUUAAUGGUAGAACUUGCCCGACAGGCUGAGGAAACCGAGCGAAGUAGAGGUCCCAUUGUCACGUUCCAAGGCACUAACAAUGGAACGUGUCCUAAUAUUUUUCGAGUGCUGUCAGAUAGGUUUCAUGAGGAUGUUUUGGGCCUCAAUCAGGAACAUGGCGAAGACAGUGAUGAUGGCGAAGACAGUGACCAAGACGCUGACGACAGCGACGAGGAGACGCAGGACAGUGAUGAGAACGGUGAUGGUCCCGGUUCGAAAUCAGGCACUGUCGUUGAAGGGACCUCUGAGUAUGAGCUGCGACCGGAGGACACGAACGAUGAUAUUGGGUUCGUGGUGGCCGAGGAAGGGGAUGUUCUUCUGACGGAGAAGGAAGACCGUUAUUUGAGCGGUGGAGACAACCACGCCUGGUUCUUUGCCGUAGGUGACGCCAAAGGUGGUUGUUUUGUGCUUAGGCUGGACAUGUACCCGGGCACUGCCGAGUAUGACGAACGUGUUCGUCGGUUCCAGACUGAACGCGUUAAGGAGCUGUACGAACGAACGAAACGCGCCCGACGAAUGAAGAUCCACGUUGACUACGUCAUCGGCCAAUUAAUCGACACAUCGCCCUUGGACCGAGGAGACCAGGAGAAACAUGACAAAUUUCGAGCAUCAUUAAAGAUACAAGUAACAGAUACCUUCAAACUCAUCCCCGGUGCAAUCUCCAGCAUGGAGUAUGAUGAUGGGAAGAUGGUAUUGGCGGGUCUCGACAGGAGAUUAUAUAUACACAAAAAAACUGGAGCCACUUGGUUUAGGACACACAAGAUCAAUCUCAAAGGCAAAUUGACCUCGGUCGUUACGUCCGUCUAG